CCCGCCCCCCGCAAACCGCACGAUGUCCACCCGCCCCACCCCCUCCACUUCCGAUGGCACAUACGCGCUCAUCUCAAGCGCCUACACUUCACACAUCUCGCAGCAAUCUCCCUCCACCUCCCGCACCAACGACCUCGUAGCUCGUAGCUUCGGCUACACCGCCCUCUCCCUUUCCACUCUCCCGGGUACCUCAAACCUCGGCGUAUCCUGUGGUAACCCCCUAGCACUCGCGCACCUGCAGCCUGGCGAGACGAUCGUGGACCUCGGUUCCGGCGGGGGGCUGGACGUAUUCCUCGCAUCGCCGUUUGUUGGCGCCACGGGCCGCGCUAUAGGUGUGGAUAUGACGCCCGCCAUGGUUACGCUUGCACGCAGAAAUGCGGAAAAGGGGGGGUACGGGAAUGUCGAGUUUGUUCUGGCGAGGGUGACGGCUGUGCCCCUGGAUAGUGGGUGCGCGGAUGUGGUGGUUAGUAAUUGUGUUAUUAAUCUUGUGCCGCAGGAGGAGAAAAAGAAGGUGUUUGAGGAGUGCUGGAGGUUGCUGAAGAGUGGAGGACGGCUGGCGGUGUCGGAUUUGCUGGCGAGGGGGGAGUUGCCUGAGAUGGUCAGGAGCGAUGCGGCACUGCUGGUUGGAUGCGUGGCGGGCGCGAGUAGGGUCGACGAGUAUGAGGCGUGGUUGAGGGGGGUGGGGUUUAAAGAUGUGGUGUUUGUCGAUACGAAGAGUGACUUGAACGUCUACAAGGAGGGGAUUCUCUCGCAAGAUGCGGUUGAUGUUGCGGAUGCUGGGGCGGCGUGCUGUGCGGCGAAGCCGAAGCCGAAGCCGAAGCCGGAGUUGAAGGAGAAUGGUUGCUGCGGAGCUGAUGUUAGAGACACGGCCGAAACCCAGGGGGCCACGGGCAGUGCGUACCGCGAGAGGCUCGAGAAGCUCGAUCUGAACGAGUAUGUGGGGGCGUACCAGAUCUAUGCGAUUAAACCAUGACUUUUGAUUCUUUAGUUUAGAGAGCCAUUUCGUUAUGUAAACAAACAAUCCAUCGAUCGUACCAGCGCACCAACGCAAACAUAUCAUAUCAAACCAGAAGUGAGAAAAGAGAGAGAGAGAGAGACAGAGAGAGAGGGAGAGAGCUAUAUGAUUAUGUCAUCGGCACGUCCACUAUCAGU